ACAAGAUCUCAAGCGAACCGAAACUCCGGGAUGAACUAAAAAGCUUCAAUGCCCCAAAGAGGCACAGCCGGCCCAUCUCGUUGGUGGGCUCGCUAGGUACCUCGACUACCCCGUUUUGCCUACGACCAACGCAUCGACGACAAGUGCCAUCUGGGGCUCGCUAGACUUCAAGGGUUGGGACCAUGUCCGUGACUUGCACCGUGGCAAAUCAAUUUCACUUCGUUUACCGCACCACCACAGCGACGCCUCGACGCAGCGACGCAUCGACACGGCGUCUGACCAUAUGCAGGCGUUCCCGCGGCGCACCAAUCCCGGGCGGGUGCUCGCCCAACGGCACGGAUUGGGCGGCAAGCCAGGGCAGCAGAAUACGGUCAGGGAGGCAGGGGGUAAAAGAAAGAGGUCGUCACUCAUCGACACUGUCCUUGGCUGGAGACGUGGAGGGUAUCACUCGCCCACAGGUCACCAGACCAACCUCGGUUUUUUCCCUCGCCCACCGCAUCACCUCAGUCCUUGACCCCAGUCAACGUGACAGACCGCAAUGCAGUUCCCUGUUGCACAAUCGAAUGGAACCUCUCCAGACGGCUCCACGUGUUGGACUUGACUUCUGUGCUCCUCGAGUCUGCAAGCCAGUCGAGAUUAGAGCUCACGUGGAGUAUCCACUGAUGCGCGUCCAUGCCGAUUCUAGCCCCUCGGGGGUCCAGUGGCUUUGGCCUUGUUCAACAUUUCGCGAAAAUGCGACUCUCGAUGCAACAUCCACUGCGGUCGGGUCAUCAAAGGUCACUCACAGCCGCCGACAGGCCUGCUCCGUUGGUCGGCGUCGAGAGGCGGGCCCAGUGCGCACAACUUUGCAGCAAUCAUCCAUGGACGUCAAUCCUCCUGCAACGCUGUGCUGUGCCACACACGACGAACUUCAACCACCCACAGUCGGCCAAGAUGAUUUGUCGGUGCGUCUACCAGGUGGAUGGCAUGGGUUCUCUUUUCCUUCUUGGCUGCCAUGCAGGGCACCCUCUUCGCUCUCCAUGAAACCCCAUUCCCGCCCGAGUAAUCCGCUGCACCCGCCUAUCACCCUCAAGCAAUGUGCCGUCCAUCAACCAAUCCUUAGGACUGAUGCCGAAGCAGGCCAUGCUCGCACAGGAACAAAGUACCGACGCAACCUCCAUCCGGGAAAGGUCUAACCCUGACGAUGCCAAUGAGGAUACUGGGAGGGGAGCCCCCGGUGGCGCGUUUUAGCCCGCAAGCUUUGGUCAACAGCCUGUGGAGGACGGCCCAGUUCCCUGUCACGCAAUGUUGUCUAUCUCAACCUCAGGCUCCACGGAGCAUUGACUCCAUCGUUUACAGACAGGCAUGCCCUGACUCGCUCAUGGGUCUUCUGCAAUCAAGGCCACUGCGACGAGCCAGUCUCCUUCAACGCUAAGGAGGUGGGUUUCUGCAGCCG